AUGUCCAAGCUCAUACGUAAUCACGGCCAUUCAGUUCCCCGCCCACACCAGUCAAAUGCGCUGAACAUCCAACCCUUGCACCUUACUAAACGACUUCCACGUACACCCGAGCCUUCAGACGAAUCGCGUUCUUCUGCGACGCAACCUAGAGACAGGAAUGGCCAAUUAACUUCAGGUGAACCCACGACCCAGCGGCCGCCGCAGAAUUCAACACCGACACCGUUAAUCGAUGCAGACGAUCCGGCUUUCUCGAGUGACCCAAACCAUCAUCCAGGCCACCAUAUGCAUGGUCCCUUAUUAGGGAGUACUGCACCAAGAGGGAAACUGUCGCCAGCGAGACAUGCUAGGGAGCUUGACACUGAGCCUCCUCCAGCAUAUGACGAUGUUCCCGCUAUUCCCGAUUCCUUAGCAGCACCGCAUGCCCAAGACGGAUCGAAUUCAUCGUUCGGAAGCAGUUCCAACGAAGAUGUGCAGAGACCAAGUCACUUGCGUGAAAGUGCACUGUCGUCUUAUUCCUCAUUAUCUUCUCCGUUCUCGAGCACAACCAAUCUACCUCAACCGAGAGAAAGCGUUUUGGACGAUAUGGACGAUCAGACAGAGGAGCUUUUAGCAUAUUUGCAAAACGAUGACCGUGAACGAAUGCCCUCGAAGCAGCGCGAGGUUCCCAUGUCUCUGAGACCUCAUCAGGGGAUGCCAAUGAAUUCUGAAGCACCGCCCAACCAACAAGAGCGCAACGGACCAGGCCGAGAUGCCCCGGGCCUGGCUCGCAGUGCUACCGCCCCUACUGCUACGCGCUCCGUCAGUGAGCCACCAGCUGCAAUGGGCACUGAAAGACCGCGCCUUCCUCGACGUGGAAAUACUUCUAGUCCUCGCCAUGUCGCAGAUUUGGACCGUAUUGAUGAACUAGAUGAAUCUACGCCACUAGGUUUGCCCCUUCAUCACAGAGGUCCUUAUGAGAUGCAAGGAAAAGUGGAUACCCCUCCAAUGCGGCCGAUACGUCUUGAUCGAGAGCGUCAGGCGCCUCCGAAGCAACAUGUUAUAGUCGCUGAAACACCUCUCGAUGCACCUCCGGCACCAGUACCCUUCAGACUGAACUUGAAGCCUGGUGAAUUUCUGACGAGAGUUCCACCGCCUGCGAGAAGUCGAACAACGCCUCCUGAGCAGAAUCCUGCUUUGGCAACCGGAUACUAUCCGCCUGUCGCUCGAAUGCAACCGGUCCACCAACAACGACCACGAUCCAUUGCACAAGAUCAAUUUGAUCCUCGCUUUGCUUUCCGGGACAACGUCCGAAAUGAAUGGACGCCAGAGCAGCUGUACGAAAAUCAUCAGUACGUGGCCCCGCCAGCGGCGUCGGGAGAUGUUCCACGACUCCCUUAUCGUGCGGACGGACGCAAUAUUUCUCCUGUAGCAUCUGCCAACUCUUCACGACAAGACGUUCGGCCUAAUGCGGCUCCUUAUCCUGACAUCAAAUUGCCUCCUGUGGAACCUCCACGUCAACGACAGGUCACUUUCCAGCAGCCCCAGCAGCAGUCUUCGCUUUCGCGAUCCGUCAGUCAACCUGUGUCUUCUAGUGCUAGCAGUGUAUAUUCGGCAUCGUCGACUUCGCUUUCUCGUCCUCCGCCUUCCGCAGUUGACCGUUAUCGGCCAAAGAAGAUAGUAAUGCCAGCACCUCUCCAACAGCAAAGUCAGAAUAUCGCACGAUCUGUGCCUGGUGACAUGCAACGGCGAAUGGAUCAUAAUGGUGUGAUUGCUCAGUCGACUGCAGCGGUUAUUCCUGUGCAUGAUCCGAAGAAAGCUAAUUUCUUGAAGAAGAGGGCGAGUACGACUUCGUCUCCCGCACAUCAAAAUCAUAAGCAUCUGGCCCCAGAGCGUUCACCUUCUAUGAGGAAUCUCUUCAGCAUGGGCGCGGGCUUUGGCAGGAGUCUUACACCAGACCCCGAGCCAAAUGUCCCGAAAGCAAGCAGGAAGCUCAGUAAACGCAGUAAAGCGGCUUAGGGUUACCCUCUUUAUGCUGAUUUCUUUUGGGACUGUACCAAUGGAACUCUUUACUAUCGUUUCUUGACUGUGUGGCAGCUAUGAGCUUGACAUGACCCUUACGAUGUACUCUGACUUCUUUUCUGGCUAGCUUAUUAUGCUGUUGUUAACAUGCUGAUAUUUCGUGGUUCUCGUAUGUUUUAGAAGUAAUGUAUUGCUGUUGUGUAGUGUACAAGAUUAGUGGGCUUGUAAAAUCAGAAAGGAC